CACGUUUCAGUUUGUUUAGUAAAUCGACCGGACUGUGAGAGUCAGGCCGCUGCUUUGUCGCCAUUGAGCAAAGCGAAUAUUCUCCCAGCAUAUGGUCUAGAGUCUUUGCUAGAGAUCGGGAAAAAACAAACAAACAAACAAACAACCACCAAAUCCUUAAGCCUCUUCUCCCAGAUCACCCCGCCCACCCCUACCUCCCACCUCCGCGCUUUCAACCUACUUCCCAGGCUGGGAAAAGUGCUGCACAGAACCCCGCUGCUGGGCCGGGUGGGGGGAACCUGCCGCCGGGAGAUGCGGCGGCUGCCGAGCCGCUGACUGCGACGCAGGAGCUCCGGGAGCGGCUCCGCGCAGAUGAGAAAACCGUAUUUGAGAGAAGCUGAGUAGUGACUGGCCUAAACGUGCAAACUGAUUGAAAGCCCAACAGCCAUCACACACUCUGGGCCUGUGGUGCCACUCGUAUGUGUGUAUCUAAAUCAAUGAUGAGGGUAUCGGAACCGAUACUGGACAUGGAGAUGGCAAAUUACAGUGAAGUUUUGGACCCAACUUAUACAACUUUGGAGUUUGAAACUAUGCAGAUUCUGUAUAAUUCAAAUGAUAGUUCUGUCCCAGAGACAACAAGUAUGAAUACCACAGAUAAUGGUGUCAACUGUCUAUGUGCUAUAUGUGGGGACAGAGCGACAGGAAAGCACUAUGGCGCCUCCAGCUGUGAUGGGUGCAAGGGCUUCUUCAGACGCAGCAUCCGCAAGAGUCACGUUUAUUCCUGCAGGUUCAGUCGGCAAUGUGUUGUUGACAAAGACAAAAGGAAUCAAUGUAGAUACUGUCGAUUAAGAAAGUGCUUUAGAGCAGGAAUGAAAAAAGAAGCUGUGCAAAACGAACGUGAUAGAAUAAGCACGAGAAGAAGCACAUUUGAUGGCAGCAACAUCCCCUCCAUUAACACACUGGCACAAGCAGAAGUUCGGUCUCGCCAGAUCUCAGUCUCAAGCCCUGGUGCAAGCACUGACAUAAAUAUUAAGAAAAUUGCCAGUAUUGGUGAUGUCUGUGAAUCCAUGAAACAGCAGCUCUUAGUCUUGGUGGAAUGGGCUAAAUAUAUUCCUGCCUUUUGUGAGUUACCCCUGGAUGAUCAGGUGGCACUGUUGAGAGCUCACGCAGGGGAACAUUUACUGCUUGGAGCUACAAAGAGAUCCAUGGUGUAUAAAGAUAUUUUGCUUUUGGGAAACAAUUACAUUAUUCACCGCAACAGCUGUGAAGUUGAGAUUAGCCGUGUGGCCAACCGGGUUUUAGACGAGCUGGUCCGACCAUUUCAAGAAAUUCAGAUCGAUGACAAUGAAUAUGCUUGUUUGAAGGCAAUUGUAUUUUUUGAUCCAGACGCAAAAGGGCUAAGUGAUCCAGUAAAGAUUAAGAACAUGCGGUUCCAAGUGCAGCUGAGUUUGGAGGACUACAUCAACGACCGGCAGUACGACUCCCGGGGCAGGUUUGGGGAGCUGCUCUUGCUCCUGCCCACGCUGCAGAGCGUCACUUGGCAAAUGAUUGAGCAAAUACAAUUCGUUAAACUUUUUGGGAUGGUUAAAAUCGACAACUUACUUCAGGAGAUGCUACUGGGUGGUGCUUCCAGUGAGGCUAACCAUCUCCAUCAUCCAAUGCACCCACAUUUAUCUCAAGAUCCAUUAACUGGACAAACUAUACUUUUGGGUCCAAUGUCAACACUGGUUCAUACAGACCAGAUCUCAACUCCAGAAACCCCACUUCCUUCCCCACCUCAAGGCUCUGGACAAGAACCGUACAAAAUAGUUGCAAAUCAAGCUUCAGUCAUUUCACACCAGCCUCUCUCCAAACAGAAGCAAUUGUGAGAAUAUGUUUACUUCUGAACGGCACUGCAUAAAUGUGAAAAGUUGUUGGUCUUGAAAUAUCUCAGGAUAGCACUUUUGGCAAACUCUUAGCCAAGGCUUCUUCAUGGUGCUGUUAUAAGAUGGUAUCCUGUUUUCUUGUUUAUAUACUCAUUUUGU